AUGCCCUCUGUAGACUCCCACAGCCUAAUUAACACAGUUCUUCCUCUGACAUCUGAACAGCUUCCCUCUAAUGAAGCAGCAAAGGGUGACUUUCAUCUCAGCGGAGCGCUCACCUUUCCAGCCUCCUUCACGAGACUCAAGCUGCAGACGAAUCAAGAGGGUCGAAUCCCAGUGAAGAAUAUAUUCCGCAUGUUCUCGACGGACCGGAAGCGCGUGGAGACGGCGCUGGAGAGCUGCAGUCUUUCGUCCGGCCGGAACGACUCUAUCCCUUUGGAGGAUCUGACGCCUGACGUUUACAAAUCGUUCAUCAACAACCUCUGCCCACGAUCUGAGAUCAACCAAAUAUUUGCUGAUCUCGGCGCUAAGAUCCGGCCGUAUCUCACCGUGGAGCAGAUGACAGAUUUCUUAAACAACAAACAGAGAGACCCUCGUCUGAACGAGAUCCUGUACCCACCUCUCAAAGCCGAGCAAGUGCAAGGAUUGGUGGAGAAGUAUGAGCCUGACAGCAUGCUUUCACGAAGAGGGCAGAUCUCGGUGGAGGGCUUCGCUAGAUAUCUGAGUGGAGAAGAGAACAGUAUCAUCCCUCCAGAGAAGCUGGACCAGAGUGAAGACAUGACGCUGCCGCUUUCGCAUUACUUCAUCAACUCCUCACACAACACUUACCUCACAGCGGGUCAGCUGGCAGGAAACUCUUCUGUGGAGAUUUACCGGCAGGUUCUGCUCUCCGGCUGUCGCUGUAUAGAGCUGGACUGCUGGAAAGGCCGGACCACCGAUGAGGAGCCCAUCAUCACACAUGGCUUCACCAUGACCUCAGAGAUCUCCUUCAAGGAAGUGAUUGAGGCUAUCGCAGAGAGCGCCUUCAAGACAACUCCAUUCCCCGUCAUUCUGUCCUUUGAGAACCAUGUGGACUCUCCCAAACAGCAGGCAAAGAUGGCUGAGUAUUGCAGAUCAAUAUUUGGAGAUGCAUUGCUCACAGACCCACUGGAGAAAUACCCCCUGGAGGCCGGUGUUCCUCUGCCCAGCCCCGUGGACCUGAUGGGUAAAAUCCUGAUCAAGAACAAGAAGAAUUCCCACAAAACCGACGGCAGCACCAAGAAGAAACUCUCUGAGCAGACGUCCAACACCUGCAGUGACACGUCCAGUCUGUGUGAGCCGUCGUCUCCCGGCGCAGGUCAGACAGACGCAGAUGCAGAGAGUGAUGCAGAUGAAGAUAACGAUGAAAGUAAAAAGUCCCUGGAUGAGGGGACGGUAAAUGAAGCCUUCGCCACAGAGGAGAUGUCCAACUUAGUCAACUACAUCCAGCCUGUUAAAUUCAACUCCUUCGAGGCGUGCAAAAAAAUCGAUCGAAGUUAUGAAAUGUCGUCGUUUGUGGAGACCAAAGCCCUGGAGCUGCUCAAAGAAUCGCCGGUGGAGUUUGUUGAGUAUAAUAAACUGCAGCUGAGUAGAAUUUAUCCCAAAGGGACUCGAGUCGACUCCUCAAACUACAUGCCUCAAGUCUUCUGGAACGCUGGAUGUCAGCUGGUCGCUCUGAACUUCCAGACCAUAGAUCUACCCAUGCAGCUGAAUCUGGGCAUAUUUGAGUACAACGGGAAAUGUGGCUACAGACUGAAGCCAGAGUUCAUGCGACGGACGGACAAACAGUUCGACCCGUUCACUCAGAAUACAGUAGACGGGAUCGUAGCGCACACGCUGUCUGUGAAAAUUAUAUCUGGUCAGUUCCUGUCCGAUAAGAGAGUCGGUGUUUACGUGGAGGUGGAGAUGUUUGGCCUGCCGGUGGACACCAAACGGAAAGCAUUUAAGACCAAGACAUCUCAAGGCAAUGCCGUCAAUCCUGUGUGGGAUGAAGAUCCAGUGGUCUUCAAACGAGUGGUUCUUCCCACGCUGGCAUCGCUGAGGAUAGCCGUGUACGAAGACAACGGGAAAUUCAUCGGCCAUCGGAUCAUCCCAGUAUAUGCCAUCCGACCCGGAUAUCAUUACAUCAGUCUGAGGAACGAGAAGAACCAGACGCUGACGCUUCCGUCUGUCUUCAUCUACACUGAAGUCAAGGACUACGUCCCAGACACCUUUGCAGAUGUGAUCGAGGCCCUGUCCAAUCCCAUCCUGUACAUCAGUCUGAUGGAGCAGAGAGCCAAUCAGCUGGCAGCUCUGACGCAGGAGGAGGGAGCUCAGGAGACCGACAGAGAAGAGGCGGAUCCCGGUGUUGAAAACCCUUCGGAGGUCAAAAGCGAGCCCAAACCCGUCCCGGUGGAGAACGGCCUGAGUCACGCUCCCAGCGCCGCUCCGAAGCCAGCGUCUCAGAUCAGCACACAGCCGCAGUCCACAGGCUCCAGCAAACCAGCGGUGAAGACUGAAGAUCUGAUUCAGAGCGUCCUCACCGAGAUGGAGGCUCAGAGCGUGGAGGAGCUCAAACAGCAGAAGGGCUUCGUCCGAGAGCAGAGGCGACACUACAAAGAGAUGAAGGACCUGGUGAAGAAACACCACAAGAAGACCACCGAGAUGAUCAAGGAGCACACGGCCAAAUACAACGAGUUCCAGCACGACUACCUGCGCAAGAGAGCCGUCCUGCUGAAGUCUGCCAAACGAGACGGUAAGAAGAGGUGCUUGUCGUCCAGCCCUGAACACGGACCCUCGUUCUUCGAGCAGGAGCUGGUCAGUCUGGAUCAGGACAGCGGUCAGAAACUCUCUGAACUCAAAGAACAGCAGCAGCAGCAGCUCCUCAAUCUGCGUCAGGAGCAGUAUUACAGCGAGAAGUACCUGAAGAAAGAGCACAUCAAACAGGUGAUCGAGAAGCUGACGGCCAUCGCCGAGGAGAGCCAGAGCAACCAAAUGAAGAAAAUCAAGGAGCUGUGCGAGAAAGAAAAGAAAGAGCUGAAGAAGAAAAUGGACAAGAAGAGACAAGAGAAGAUCAAUGAAGCCAAAUCAAAGGAGAAACACCUGACAGAAGAGGAGAAGCUGGAGAUCAACCGGUCGUACGUGAACGAGGUGGUGCAGCACAUCAAGAGGCUGGAGGACGCUCAGACUAAAAGACACGAGAAGCUGGUAGAAACCCAUAAGAGCAUCCUGCAGCAGAUACUAGACGAGAAACCCAAGGUACGACCGCAACAGCUGACCAAAAGAGGAUUACCGUCACUGGGGGCCCGACGAAAACCUUAGCAGAUAACAUUAAAGAAGUGUUUUAGCUCACUUUGGGCUGACCCUUCAAAUAUCAAGUACUCUUUAAAAAUGUAAUAAGCUGUCGGGUGUACUUGAAUCUCGCCGGGGAAGCGUUUUGAUUGGCUCGUGAGCUGUCGCUCGUCAGAAGCGACCAAUCGUAUCGCGCGGGUUCCUGUAAGCCCGGAGCUCGACGUGUUUUCGUGCUUUCGUGAACGUCGCUCUCUGCACUCACUGUUUAAUGCGGACGUGUGUCGAGCUGUGGAUAUUGACGUGUGUCUGUCGAUACUGUCCCGUGUCCCAUUAGCCAUCGACCCACACACACACACACACACACUCACACACAUUAACACUUCAUGACGAUUGUGUUUACAGAGCUCAGUGUUUCCCUUCAAGUCCUCGAAUCAAGUUAAGCUACUUUUUACAUUUUUCAUUUUGCAUCAAAUUUAUUUUAAAUUGGAUACUUUUCGAUUUAUUAUGCAAUUAUACAUAUAUUUAUUCAAUCUUUUUUUUUACGCUCUCGGUAAUAUUUGCUCUUUUCAACUUUUAUUA